CAAGAUGGUCGAUGAUUCGAACUCCUUACUUGGUCUGAUUAUAUUAGCUUCAUCGGUAAGAGCUUUCAGUGAUACAUACUGCAAGAUUUAAGGAAGGUUAUAACUUACUACUAUUAUUUAUCAUCUGAAUCUGAAUCUACAUCUGAAACAUUAUCCACUAGAUUUGAAUUAUCAAGGUCGUCAUCAUAUUGGCGAAUCAACGGUUACUCUGUACCAAUUUACUUUGCAAAGCAAACAGAUUUCACUAUAAUGUCUUGCAUUCCCGGUCGCCUUCCAAAGUCCAUCAUCCCUAUAAAAUAUGAAAUAGAAAUUAAACCAUGUUUUUCCACCUUCACGUAUACGGGGAAGUUGGUUUUGUCGUUGUCUAUUGCUGAAGGAACUAAAGAAAUAGUAUUAAAUGCCAAGCAUUUAUCGAUAACAGCAGCAAGAUUUAACGGAAUUGACGUAGAAGCAGUCGAAAAGCCCGAAUAUGAACAGGUCUCUUUUAUGUUGGCAAAACCUUCAUUGGCAACCUUAGGUACGCUCGAAGUGGAGUAUAAUGGGAACGUUAGUGAUAAAAUGGAAGGUUUUUAUAGAAGUUCAUAUACAUCAGGAGAAGAAACGCAUUACUUAUUUUCAACAGAUUUCGAACCUACCGGUGCGAGAAAAGCAUUCCCCUGUUUGGAUGAGCCAGAAUUCAAAUCGGUUUUCAGCAUCAAAGUUCUUGUGCCUAAGGGGAAGAUUGCUAUCUCAAAUAUGCCCGUGUUAUCUGAAGUUGAGUGUGAUGGAAACAUGGUUGCAUUUAAUUUUCAAGAUACUCCGAAGAUGUCGACAUAUUUGGUUGCUUUCGCUGUCGGUGAUCUUGAAUAUGUUGAGGCUACUGACAAAAAUGGUGUCUUGGUACGCGUAUAUUCUCGAAAGGGUCUUGUUUCAGAACAAAAUCAAGGUGCAGUCGCAUUAAAUGUAGCCUGCCAUAGUUUACCAUUCUUUGGAGAAUAUUUUGGUAUAAAUUAUCCAUUAUCUAAAGUUGAUUUGCUUGCUGUUCCUAACAUGAGUGGUGGUGCAAUGGAAAACUGGGGUCUAGUAACUUUCCGUGAACGGGCUCUAUUGGCUAAUCCGCAUACAUUGUCUCCGACAACGAAAGAGGUCAUUACAACUAUAAUUAGUCAUGAACUGGCUCAUAUGUGGUUCGGUAAUCUAGUCACAAUGAAAUGGUGGACAGAUCUAUGGCUGAAAGAAGGAUUUGCCGCUUGGAUAGAAUACUUUUGUGCUGAUCACUGUUAUCCUGAAAUGGAUAUUUGGACACGUUUUUCGUAUCACCGAGUAGCUGAUGCACUACUUUUAGACGCGUUGUCCAAUUCACAUCCAAUUGAAGUAGAAGUUUCAAAUCCAGAUGAAAUUAAUGAAAUUUUCGAUCACAUAUCUUACUGCAAAGGAGCUAGUCUAAUACAUAUGCUUCAUGCAUUUCUAGGUGAUGAAGCAUUCCGUUCCGGUUUGUCGCUGUAUCUUAAAAAGCAUGCUUACGGAAAUGCUGUAACAGAAGAUCUUUGGGUUGCUCUUAGUUCAUCUUCAGGUAUAGAUGUAGGAAGUAUAAUGCGUCCAUGGACUCGUAACGUUGGCUUCCCAGUUGUAUCUGUUUCACCGUUAAGCGUGAUUAACAAUCAUUUGAAAGUGAAGUUAUCACAGGAACAGUAUAAACUCCGAUCGGAAUUUACAAAGGAUUCAACAGACGAUGGCAAACUUUGGCCUGUACCAAUAUCACUCACCUGUUCUACUAAAAAUGGAAAGCAUUCACUUGUAUUCAAGCAUAUUUUAAAAUCUGCCUCAGAAGAAGUUGAUAUCCCGCUUAAUUGGCCUAUCAAAAGCAUCAAUCUUGAUGAUUGUGUAAUACGAGCGAAUGCAGAUGCAACAGGAUUUUAUCAUAUACGAUAUGAUGCAAAACACAUGAAUACUUUAAUUGAUGAUAUGAAAUUGGGUCAGUGGACAACUUCUAGUCGUUUUAUGUUCAUUAACGAUGGAUUUGCACUAGCUAAGGCUGGUUACAUCAGUAUCUAUGACUGGCUUCUAAUGUUACCAAAGUUACUCAGUAAUGAAAAGGAAUAUGCUGUUUGGCGUGGUGUUCUUGGCGAUGGCCUUAAUGCCUAUAUUAGACGAAUUGUUCAGUCCAGUGAUAUUUCCCCUAAACUUUACAAUAGUUUUUUGUUGAGUUUAGUUCGUCCAUUAAUAGAUAAGUUAGGUCUUAAAAACCUGGAGCCACUGCCACAUAAUUCUAGUUUGCUGAGAUCGUUACUUCUGUCUGUUGCUGGUGGUCAAGCAGAAGAUGCUGAUAUUAUUAAACAGGUCAACCAGUGCUUUGAAGAUCAUCGAUCCGGUGUAAAAGAAAUACCAAAUGAUUUACGUUCAACAUUUUACAAGAUAGCUGUACGCUAUGGUCCUUCAGAUGUUGUGUCAUAUCUCAUGAAGACCUACAGUUCUACAAACUCUCCAGAAGAACGCAAUCAUAUUCUCUGGGCUCUUGGUGCAGCGAGAGAAACACACUAUAAUAAUGUCGGUGAUGCAUCUUCUUCACCAUUGUUAGAUGUUCUACGCUUUUGUUUAGAUCCAAAUGGUCCAGUGAAAGAUCAAGAUAGAGUCCAUGGUCUAAUUGCUUGUUCGUCUUCGUCUCUUCAAGCUAGACGGGUGACAUGGAAUCACAUAAAAAAUGAAUGGGCUAGAAUUACUGAAUUGUACAAGGGUCACUUUUUACUGCCUAGUCUAUUGGAGGAUGUUUUAUGUGGAUUUUGCACGAAAUCUGAUUUAGCUGAAAUUAAAGAAUUUUUCAAUGCAAAUCCAGUGUUUUGUGUGCGUACUCUAAAUCAAGCUUAUGAAACUGUGUCUAUAAAUUCCGGUAUCCUUGAACGUGAUGCUCCAUUGGUGGCAAAAGCGUUAAAUACUAUAUGCAGUAAUUCUGGUUAAAAAGACUAGACGUUUACU